AUGUGCUGCAGUCACUUCCUACUGGUGCGGGUGAGAGCUGAUACACUCUGCUGUAUCAUGUCGUCUUAGUUCGGCUCCACAGACAGUAUCCAGCACGGUAAACAUGUUAUUUCAGAGUAAGUUAACUCGCUGGCCAAGUAUGAAGCUGUUUCUCUGGUUCGUGGCGUGUAUGACAUGUCUGUUGGUCCAGUCCGGAGCGGCGGAGGACAGCAGCCCGUGGUACCAGGACCUCUGCAGUUAUAAAUGGGAGGCUAUAGACCAAGAUAAUAAAAUUAAAUAUACACUAAAGCUUUGUGAGUCUUCACCAUCAACCAGCUGUGGGGCCAGCUCUGCAGUGUGUGCCCACAACCUCAACACCAACAAAGAGCAGUCAGUCGGUGAUUUAUCCCUGAAAAGGCUCUCUGGCACAGUGCUCGAUUACAACAGUACAAAAAUAUGUCCUGGAAGCAACAGCAGCAUUCAGGCCAGCAUCAGCUUCCAGUGUGGAAAAACUAUGGGGACUCCAGAGUUUGUUGCAGUCUCUCAGUGUGUGCAUUACUUUGAGUGGAAGACCUACACCGCCUGCAAAAAGGACAAAUUCAAGCCACACAAGGAGGUACCUUGCUACGUGUUUGAUUCAGAUGGUAAGAAACAUGACCUCAGCCCCCUGAUCAAGGAGAAGGAUGGUUAUUUGGUGGAUGAUGGCGAUGACAACAUCGAUUUCUACAUCAACAUCUGCCGAAGCCUCAACAGCCCAGAUAAGUCGUGUCCAGAGGGCUCUGCAGCCUGCCUCGUCACCAGUCAGAACUCCUUCAACAUGGGCUCUCCUACAGGGCAGCUGGAGCUGGUGUCCAGUGACAGGUUGAGGUUGCAUUAUAACGUAAGUGCCGACUCAUCUCGUCCAGAUUUUUGUGAAGAUCACGAACCUGCUGUCACCAUCACUUUCAUCUGUCCGUCAAGCAGGCAUCCGGGCAGCCCUCCGAAGAUGGUUGCCAAUUCAAACUGUCGUUAUGAGGUGGAGUGGGUGACUGAAUAUGCUUGUCACAGAGACUAUCUGGAGAGCCAUACCUGCAAACUGACCAGUGAACAGCAUGACAUCUCCAUAGACCUCACACCACUCAUGCUGACCUCUUCAGAGAGUCCUUACCACUCUGAGCACAGUGACGAUCACGAGAAAUACACCUAUUACCUCAAUGUGUGUGGAAAAAUCCCCACUGCUGAAUGUGGAGACGACCCGUACAUAUCGUCCUGCCAGAUGAAGAAGUCCGAAAACAUGAAAAAAGUGGCUGGAAAAUAUAAGAACCAGACAUUAAGGUAUUCAGAUGGAGAUCUGACUCUGAUCUAUCCAGAUGGCGACAGAUGCUCCACUGGCUUCCAGAGAAUGACCAUCAUCAACUUUGAGUGCAACAAGACUGCAUCCAACAAUGGGCACGGGAAUCCAGUGUUUGCUGGGGAGACGGACUGCACUUACUAUUUUAACUGGGAAACGGCUUUCGCCUGCGUCAAAGAGAAGGAGGAUCUGCUGUGUCAGGUCACAAAUGGCAAAAAACGCUACGAUCUCUCACCUCUCACAAGAUACCCUGGGUCUGAUUUUACUGCGAACUGGGAGGCAGUGGAUGCCAAAUCUGCAAAGUCAGACUCUCGUUAUUACCUGAACAUCUGCCACAAAGUUAUCCAGGCUGGAGGUGCUGCUGGCUGCCCGGAGGAAGCUUCCAUCUGCGCUGUGGAUAAGAAUAAAACUGCCACCAGCCUGGGCAGCUUCCUCUCAUCUCCCCAGAAGACCCAAAUAGGAAAUGACAUCAAACUAGUGUACACUGAUGGAAGCUUAUGUCACAAUAAAAGGAUCCAAACGAUUCUGACACUCAAAUGCAAACCAGGAGAUCUCGAGAGUGCCCCUGUGCUUCGUAGCGUUUCGGCUGACCAGUGUGUUUAUGAGCUGGAGUGGUACACCGCUGCUGCCUGCGUCCUUUCAAAGACUCAAGGAGACAACUGCAGGGUGGAGGACCCUCAGGCUGGGUUCUCUUUCGACCUCUCGCCUCUCACUAAACCUGACGGUGGCUACUACAACCUGACCAAUGGCAACUAUGAGUACUACAUCAACGUCUGCUCUCCCGUCAAAUAUGGCACAUGUCCUGAGAAGGCUGGAGCAUGUCAGGUGGAAAAGAGUUCUUGGAGUCUUGGCAUGGCAAACUCCCAUCUGUCCUACUACGACGGUCUGAUCCAGCUGACCUACAGGAACGGCUCCCAGUACAACAACAGGCAGCACACUCACAGAUCCACUCUCAUCUCCUUUCUCUGUGACCCAGAAGCUGGACCCGGAAAACCGGAAUUCCAGAUUGAAGACAACUACACGUAUAACUUCCGCUGGUAUACAUCCUACGCCUGUCCUGAAAGACCUCAUGAAUGUUUGGUGACUGAUCCCAACACUCUUGACCAGUACGACUUAUCCAGCCUGUCACACCCUGCAUCCAGUAGAAACUGGCAGACGAUGGAUUUAACUGACACAUCGAACCUGAAAAAGUACUACAUCAAUGUAUGUCGGCCCAUCAACCCGGUACCAGGCUGCGACCGCGAUGCAUCUGUCUGCGAGAUGAAGUACAUAACUGAGCAGGUCUCUCCAAAGGAGGUGGUCUCGGUCAGUAACAUGGGGAUUUCCAAACGAGGACCGAUCAUAGAGGGACGGGACCGGCUGUUGCUGGAGUUCACUGAUGGUUCUGCCUGCAUGUCGGAGGGCCAGCAGCUCUCAUACACGACACGCAUCCACCUGGUCUGCUCCAGAGGAACUAUUUCAAUGGGACCACGUUUUCUGAUGAACCAGAACUGCACCGCCAGCUUUAUGUGGGAGACCAGGGCAGCGUGUGCCAUCCAAACCUCGACGAACAAUAGCUGUUCAGUGGUCGACCCGAACUCUGGCUUUGAAUACAAUCUUCAGCUUUUAGCCUCUAAGACUGGAUACAGUACAACUGCAAAUGGCAAAAAGUUCCUGGUGAACAUCUGCUCAGAUGCACCAGAAUGUGGACAGGGUAUGGCCGGCUGUGAGCUGGAAGACGGGAAGCCCACAAGCCUUGUGGGGGUGGAGAAGACCCUCCAGUACUCCACCAAUGGCAUCUUCAAACUAACAUACAAGGGGCCACUGGACGAUCCCACAGCAGCCCGGGACACCUUCACGAUUAAUUUUGUGUGUGAUCCAAACUCUCACCCUGGCUCAUUAAAACUGGUACAUGAGGACAUGAGCACUUCAGGCCGCGUGAUCCACGACGUCCACUUUGAGUUCUCCACUGCCCUGACCUGCGUGCCUGCACCGGUUAACUGCAGAAUCACUGAUCCACAUGGAAAUGAGUACGAUCUGAGUCGCCUGAUCCGAAACGAAGAUGACAGCCCAUGGAUUCCCAUUGACACAGAUUCAGGGACAUCCCGCAGCUUUUACAUCAAUGUGUGCAAACCCCUCCCGACUCUGAAGGACUGUCCAGUCGGUCCUUUGGGUUCAUGUGGUGUAAUUGAUGGGAAAAGUUACAACCUGGGAUAUGUGCAGUCCAGCCUGCAGGUGGCGGAUGAUGGAUCUGUCAGCAUCGUGUACCAGAACGGAGACAAGUGUGGUACUUCGUCCCGCUACUCAACACGCAUCAUCUUCCAGUGUGAUGAUAAUCCUGGCUCCCCCACAUUUGACCGUCAAGAUGGUUGUGAAUAUGUCUUCAUCUGGAGGACAUCUGAGGCCUGCGCCAUCAGGAAGUCUCGAGGGGACAACUGUCUGGUUAGUGACCCAAAGACUGGCUAUCAGUUUGACUUCAGCUCUCUGAAGGGCAUCGAUUACCCCAUCAAAGUAGGCAAGUACACCUACCACCUGUCAGUCUGCGGGGCGCUCCAGAGCGACGUCUGCACAGAUAAAGGCACCAGCACCAAAUCUGUGUCUUCCUGCCAGGUGGAGGAUAAAAACAAGCACAAGAUAGCAGGAAUGGCAAACCAGGUCCUGAACUUUGUGGGGGAUCAAAUCAUCCUGAACUACACUAGCGGAGAUGUCUGUCAUAAAAUUUACCAAAGAUCCACCGAGAUCUACUUCUCCUGCCACCCUGACAGACAUCCUGGAGCACCAGAGUUUAUUAAGGAGACCCCAGGCUGCACCUACUUGUUCAGCUGGCCCACUGCACUGGCCUGCGUCCCAGUCAAAUCCACCAGCUGCUCUUACAAUAACGGUCAUGGCCUUUCGUAUGACCUCUCUUCUCUGGCUCUUGACUCUCGUAACUGGGAGGUGGACUCGAAUCAGGUCUCAGAAGGGCAAUUUUACAUCAAUGUCUGCCGGUCGCUGGUGCAGCAAGGAGGCUCAUGGAAGUGUCCAUCAAGUGCUGCCGCCUGCAUGAAGAAUGGAGAUAAAUAUGUGAGUUUGGGGCAGGUGGAGUCUGGCCCUACUUUGGACAAAAAUGUCCUGGUUCUUCAGUACACUGGCGGCCAGGCUUGUUCAGACGAAAGCGGCAGCAGCACUAGGACCAGGACCAGCGUUAUCCACUUCAAGUGUGACAAAGACAGAGUGGAUUCCCGACCCGAUCUGAUCUCUGUGGUUGAGCAAUGUGAUUACAACUUCGUCUGGACAACAGCUGCUGCCUGCCCUCUUAGCAGCACCCAGCAUGACGACUGCAAAGUCUCGAAUCCUGCUACAGGUCAUUUAUUUGACCUGAGCUCCCUGACGAAGGAUGGAGGUUACACUGUGCACGAUCAUAAUGAUAACGGGAAGAUGUUCCGUAUGAACAUCUGUGGAAAUGUGUCCAACGCUGGAUGCAGCCCAGAAACUGCUGUGUGUAUUAAGGACUUCAAUAAUGUGAUCAGCGGGGGUCAGGUGAGCAGAAAACUCUCAUACAAGGAUCAUGUGCUGGAGCUGACAUAUGAAGGAGGAAGUCCCUGCUCAGCAAACCCCAACCUCAAACACAAAACGGUCAUCCACUUCAUCUGCAGGCCACCUACCAUGGGUUCAUCCCCACCAGAGCCAGUCCUCAUAGACUCAAACGCUGAAACCUGCACACAUUUCUUCUCUUUCCACACACAGCUGGUGUGUGAGCAGCCUGUAAAGUGUUCAGUCCAGAAUGGCUCCUCUAUAAUAGACCUGACUCCUCUCAUUCAUGUCAGUGGAUACUACACAGCAACAGAUGAUGCGCUGGAUCAAAGUGAUGGAUCUCCAGAUUUUUACAUUAACGUCUGCCAGCCUCUGAACCCCAUCCCAGGGGUCACCUGCCCACCUGGAGCAGCUGUCUGUAUGGAUCCUGAUGUUGGACCACCUGUGGACAUUGGACGAACUACCGCCGGCCCAGAGCUCAACAGUGCCACAGGGGAAGUGUCCAUCACCUACCAAAGCUCCACAAAGUGUGCUGCUGACCCUUCGCAGAACUACAACUCAACCAUCAUCUUUACCUGCCAGAGAGGCCUGGAGCUGGGCUCUCCACAGAUGCUGAGACUCCAGGGUUGUGUUUAUUUGUUUGAGUGGGCGACUCCUCUAGUCUGCUCAGAUGCCACUAACACCAGUGGCUGCAAGCUCACAGACUCCCAGCUCCAGUUUACGUUUGACCUGGCACCCCUCUCUAGUGAAGUCCAGGUUCCAGGGAAAUCUGGCACAUAUCUCAUCAAUAUCUGCAGCUCGGUGAGCGAGCCGGCCUGUAAGCAGAGUCCAGUCUGCCAGGUGUCUGGAUCCGGUUCAGAAAGGUCUGCUUAUUCAUUUGGCAUCAGCAAGGCCAUGACAAUGGACUUCAAACACGAGGAGCAGGCAGUGCUGAUGAAAUAUGGAGGAGGAGAUCUUUGCCCACAAGUGACCGCUGAAGGUGAGGUGUGCGUGUUUCCAUUUAUCGCCCAGGGAAAGUCAUAUAACGAGUGCACUGACGCAAUAAUGGUAUCCGGCAAGAAGUGGUGCGCCACCACUGCCAACUAUGACAAAGACCAGAAGUGGGGCCGCUGCAGCACAGUUUCUGGGAAGCGCCAGUCCUCCAUCCUGUUCAUCUGCGACCAGUCUGCCGGCCGCGGCUCCCCAGAGCUGCUGUCAGAGACGGCCGGAUGUUCAGCCACCUUCCAGUGGAGCACAAGCGUCGUUUGUCCCCCGAAGAAGAUGGAGUGCCAGCUGGUCAGCCAGCAUCGGACGUUUGACUUACGAUCUCUAUCCUCCCUCACCGAGCCCUGGAAGUUUAGCAACGCAGGAUAUUCGUAUUUCAUCAACCUGUGUCAGGGCAUCCACGGCGGACUGUUAAACUGUCCAGAGGGAGCAACUGUGUGCCGGUACUCUUCAGCGGGACAGACGAAGACCCAGACCCUGGGUCGAGUCUACACUCAGAAGAUGAGCUACACCGAUGGAAUGAUCAUUGUCAGGUAUUCAGACGGAGAUGUUGCCUGUGGAAACGACGUGAAGGCCACAACGGUGAUCCAGCUGAGCUGUGGUUCCACACUUGGACACCCAUCACUCAUCAGAACCAAUGAAGCAACAUGCGAGUUUGUGAUUGGCUGGGAGACCCGCUUGGCCUGUGCGGUGAAGCAGCGUGAAGUGGAGAUGGUGAACGGGACAAUAAAAGUUCCUGAAACUGGGGUUAGCCUGAGCCUCGGUGAGGUCUACUUCAGCCACCAUCAGGCAUCUGGAGACAUCCGUACCAAUCGCGACGAAUAUAUCUACCACAUCCAGUUGUCAGGCAUCACCGACGACUCCCUGUCCAGCUGUGUUGGUGCCACCAUCUGCCAGGUCAAGUUGAACGGAUCCUUCACACGCAGAAUUGGCAUCUCUAAGAAAGCCACAUACUACAUCAGAGGAGGAAACUUGGACGUUAAUGUACCCUCGAAUUCCCCGUGUGGUAAAGAGAAGACCAAAAACGUCUCUUCCACCAUCAAUUUCUACUGCAACCCCAUGGCAGGCGUCGGCAUCCCCAGGUUUAUGAUGGAGACUGAUGAAUGCCAUUAUCUGUUUGUAUGGUACACAAACGCUGUGUGCGGUCUAACGACUGUUGAUCGUCAGACAGACGAUGGUGGCAGCAAUGCAACGCUUUCUCCACGGAGCCAGGCGGUGGGGGUGGUGCUGAGCUUCCUGUUAGUAGGUUUAACUGUCUGUCUGUUGGGACUUCUGCUCUACAAGAGAGAAAGGAGGGAGCUGGUGAUGCAGAAGGUUGUUGGUUGUUGUAGAAGAAGAAACCAAGUGUCAUAUAAAUAUUCCAAGGUCAACACUGAUGAAGGUGGUGAAGAGGAGAUGGAGUGGCUUAUGGAGGAGCUCGAAGCCCCUCCCACAUCCUCAUCCGUGCAUCGCGACAGGAGUAACCAUAGCAAUGGUCACAUCAGGACCAAGCCCGUGAACACAGAUGGGCUACACUCUUUCUCACUGGACGAGCAGGAGGACGACAGCGAGGACGAGGUGCUGAGCGUCCCGGGGGUACGAGUAGUAAAAUCCUCCGUGUUCUCCAGGAGCUCAGCGGCUCAGCGCAGCGCCUUCCUACAGGAGGAGAGCGACGAAGACCUGGUCGGCCUCUUGGAUGAGUCAGACAGGAAGAGGAAGGGCAGCAAACCUUCAGGUUUUAACCACGUUAACAACACAGCGGCUAACAGGAAACAAGACGAGGAUGACAGUGACGAGGACCUCCUUCGGGUGUAGUGUCACCUCAUCCGUCCUGCUUCCCUCCAUCCAAUCUGAACUCUUCUCUCAGUGAAUGUCUUCAUAAUAGCAACAACAACAAAACACCGACGACGUAGUGAAAGCAGAAACCCUUCUCUCUUUCUGGGGAUGUUUUUCUUUUUUAUUCGGGCCACACCUUUUACUGGGCCGACUCUGACUCCUUCAGUUCCAUCUGCAAACUGCCAAUGUUGGUUUUUAUUUAUUGAGAGCUCAGCGUUUAAACUGUUCUUCAGGCCAGUUUUGACCUGCACCUUAUUUUCUCCAGUUUUCUCUCACAAUUCUGAAUCAGCAGAACUUGAGUCAUUGUAGUUACUUCAGUCUCAUCACUUUUAUAAAUGAUAAAAACACAAACAGCUGGAAGUCUUUAACAUUGAUCCUGGAGGAGCGUGGUUGGUUCCUCAGGGUGUUAGCUCUGCAACGAGGCAUACUGGUGAAAAGAUGUGAAAGAAGAUUAAAUUAUAUGAUGUCUUUGUUUUCUCCUGGUGGUUUAGGAUGAAGUCGUGCUGUUGCUUUAGCACUUUGAUGAACUGAUGUCUCAUUGCAGACAGGGAGUAGGUGUUUUUUUCUUUUUGCCCUUUUGGACUGUAUUUAAAAUGAUGGCAGGCAGGUUCAGCUCCAGGUAGCGAAGGUGUCGGCUGGUGGUGUUUCUAAAGGGAAUGAAGACACCGGUCUGUCUUCUUGCUGUUUACAGUUGCUAUUAGAGCAGGUUUUUUUCUCUUUCUUUCCCCUUGAAAAGAAAGUAUGAUGCCUUCCUGAUGAUGAAUUUACAUUUUCGACUAUGAAUCUUGUCCAGCGAAAGAUCCAUUCGUCUUGUUUUGAUCAGAACCAUUGUACAUAGAAGAUAAUGUCUAUAAAGCGGAUGUUUUGUUUUGUUUUCAUUAGUGAAUCCUCACAUUUGUUUUCAAGAUUUUUUUAAAUGGUUCUCUGAGUUGAUUUUCUGUCUGUCUCAGUUGUGUGUGAGAAUGAAUUUGGCCUUAAGUGUGAAUGGAUAGUUGAUUGAAGGGAAACGGGAGAUGUCUGUCUGGAUUGUGUUGGUUUGAAGUCGACCCCCCCCAUUAAAGCCAUAUUUCUACUGCCACCGCUGGUACGAAUGUUAGAAAGUUGGAGAUUUUGCUACUUCUCUGGUAUGGUACAGGCUUGGUUUAUUGAAGAGAGAUUUUAACUCCGUAAUGCCAAGAUUUUGUAGUGCCGAAGUCGCCCUGUUCAGCCAAAUGCAUGAAAUAAUCAAAAGAAAGAAGCAAAGAAAAAAUGCAGGAUGUUAAACUACAUUUAAAGUAUUUUCUUCCUUAGUAAUCCAACCAUAGAAGGUGUCAGUGAUAAUACAAACUAGCUGCAGUGUUUCAUAAACAGUAUUUGUGAUUUUCAUCCCGCCAACUCACAUUUGGUUGAAUUUGCAAAAUCACAAACGGAUCAAGUUUCCUGAUUUUGGUAACGUGUGAUCCUGAGUGAACAGUGCCAUAUUUUAUCUUUAAUCUGUCACAUGACAUCUGAAAACUUUGUUUUAUUCAAACUUGAGAAAAGAAAAGCGACCACAUUCUCACACAGUUUUGAAUGAAAUGAUAAACCCAACUUCAUUAUUAAGAUCUUUAUUUCAACUCUGGUUUAAUCAUUUUUCUGCAUUUUGUUUCUUGAAAAGAGAUUUAACCUGAUAAGUUAACUCCCAUUUAUUGGCUCACAUCUCUGGCUGCUUACCUGUUUUAUUUCACUGAAAACCAAACAAGUGAGUUUUUCGACUGCUGGUUGGCCAAAACAGAAUGUUCUAAACCAUUUACCAGAGAAGUAAACACAGCACCGUUAGCUAUCUGUAUCACCCACCUCCUCAUAUACAUGCUACUCACAUGGUCUCAGUCUGGCUGAUGUGUUGAGGCCUUUUUCCUCAUAUCUAGCAAACUAGAAGAUGUGAACAAUCCAGGCAUUAAGUCCUCCAAACAUCCUGGAAUUAGGUGAAUCUUCAGGAGUGAACCCGUUGAUCUGGAAGGAGACAGUUACUCAUCUAUAGUGCAGAUUAACCGUUUUUCUCAGUAUUCAGCCAAAAGUUAUCAACAAAACAUUGUAACCUGCUGAAAUCUCAGUCAUAAACUUUACCAGUCAGGGUAUUUCUAAAGCUUUGUACACACGUUUCAUAAACAAGGUUUUGUAAAAAAUAUUUGCCCAGAACACUGACCAAAAGAAUAAAAAAAAAAAAAUUGGCGAUUGCAUUGGAAACCUCAGUAUUUUGUACAGAUUAGCUUGACUUGUUCCACGAUAGUCUGACAAACAAGUAGAAAACAUCACGUUGCCGUCUCAGUCACUAUUCCUGUUUCUAAAUUUUAUUUUGUUUUAUGUUGGUCAGUUAUUUCAUUAGUGAUAUGAAAUUUUAUCAGCUUUUAAUUUACUUUUGAAAGCGUAAGAACAGGAGCUAACUUUACCUAAGUCCAAAGACAAACAAAAUAUCAACAUGAACUCAUGUCUUUUGAUAUGUGGUGAAAAGUCCAGCUAAAGGUAAACGAUAUCCAGCCUGUUAGCAGACUUGACGAACUUAGUUUUAUCGUCAUUUGUUCAGCGUGUGGAGUUUUGAUUGUAGCCUGUCAGUAAAUCCCUGACCCUGUUCGGAGGCAGUUUUAUAUCAAGUGGAAGCAACUGUCUGUGUUUAAAUCUUUGUAACUCAGCUCUCCUGAGGAGACGACGUAGCACUCCUCGUCACAGAUCAGCAGCAGGUUCUGUUCAGUGUGUGAAGUCCUGUUUUUUCACAAGUGCAUCGAGUCUUUUUCGGCUUUAUGUGGCACCAAAGUUUGUGUGGCUCAUCUGCAUGGUACUGUACUGAGGCAUCUCUUCCUGAAGAUUUUCCUGAACAUCCUUGUGCUUUUUUGUCUGAAACUGAAAAAUCUUUUAUGUUGGGUGAAGUUAAUUCACUGAAAUUAUGGGUUAAAUCAAGAGGAGCGAUACACUGGGCAGAAACCGUGACUAAAGCAGCAGUGAUGAUUUGGUACUGUUGGAGAUCAUUAUUAUGUUUUUGUUGUAAGUUUUGUAGUCUGAUAUGUUUGCAGCUCUUUGCCUGUUUUCCUAUUUAAAAGAAAAUUGAUGUAAAAAAAUGUAUUUGAAUAAAUAAGAGAUCUGCUGUUA